UUUUUUUCUGUCUGAGACAAAUAUAUUGACGAUGAUUGGACAAUCACCCUUUAUCCUCAGCAAGUAAAUACAGGUCUUACUACCAAAGUCAUGUUAUUAUUUUAUAAACAAUGCGUUGUUUUAAGUUGAGAGAGGAAGGUGUUUUCAGUGUGUGUUUUGUUUUAAUAUUACAUUAAUUAUACUUACUUUAAAUAGUGCUGUAGAAUAAACUCGGAAUACAAUCUUACUAGGGCGCGCACUAAAAUGUACCGUGUCUACCACUCGCCCUCGCUUCUCGUGCUUCUGAGUCUGGUAAUGUCGCUGCUGCGGGCCGUGUGUGCCGACUGGGAGCGCGUGUGUACGCCCUUCACGCGGAGUUUCGGUGCGCAUCCGGGCGGUAUCUGCGGCCACCGGCUGGAUGAGAUGCUGGACGUUCUGUGCGUGGACGGCUACAACCAGUACCCAUCACAGUCUUCCGGAUACGGAGGUUAUUUCCGCCGGAAACGUCACACAAAAACAGAUGACGGUCCCAGUUUGAGAGAUAUAGUUAUACCUAAAUCUGAGGCCAACGCCUAUUUAUCCCGCCAAAAACGUUCCAGCUACUAUAACCGCGGGAUUGUGUGUGAAUGCUGCUUCCAUCGCUGUGAUAUCAUGGAACUCCUGUCCUAUUGCCGAACUAGUGGCCCGGACUAUUUUGGGCUCUUUAAAAGAAGCGCAGACAAACAGACGGAUUUUCGUCGUCAUCAAAGAAAAAUGGAAAAUGAUUAGUGCUUUUGUUAGUUAUAGUUUUAUUAUUAUUAUCACCACACCCCGUAAAGCAAAGUAUAUCCGAGUUACUUUCGCUGUCUACACGUAUUUUUCGUUAACAUUGACCAUGAUGUAUAAAAUAAAUAAAUGCCAUUGGAAUAUGUUCCUAUUCGACAUAUUAUCGGUGUUCUUAAGGUUAUCUUAAUUGAAUAUGACAUGUCUAUUACAUACACCACAAACGAUUUUCUACAGUGCUUUCUGCCCAUUUGGAACACAUCGGCCGUUUUUCAUCGGAAAGAACCUCGGAUGUAUAUGAACGUUUUACAAUGUCAGAAAUCUUUACAUUUAACUACGCUGCAAGUAGAUCGCGUAAUAUUUUCAAUUAAGCAGAUAAACUUUAUGAAUUUACUCUUGGGAAUCUUAAAUAUUUAUGCAAUGAUUUAUUUAGUACACUUCACUGACAGUCCAUUUAAACUUAGUAAUACAAAAUGCACGUUAAAACUCUACAAUUAAUUAAUACUAGUAUUUAAAGUUUUACGAACUACUUCUAAUGGUGUACAAGCGUACAUCCAAGGUUGAUUUCGAUGGAAAUUGGCUGAGGUGUACCGAAUGGUGGACUACCUACAGUAACUGUUUUGCUCGUUGAAUUUAACCUCGUCAUACAAGAGUUUUGUACCUUGUAAUUUUCACAAUCCUCUUUGGGUGACCACUAAGUAUCUAUUUAUAGUUUGCCCUUGAAUGACUCCCUUAUUGGUAUAGGGAAUCAAUAUAUAUGAGAGUACGUGAGCGUCAAACUGGUGUUAAUAUUGGCAUUGGCAUGUUAGAACGUAGCGAUCAUAUAGUUCAUACUAGUCAUGCACUUUUACAUUUCAAUAGAAUUAUUCCUUAUAUAACAUGUACUUAUAAGAUAUUUCUGUUGAGCUAAAUAUGACAAGCCAAUUUUGACAAUUCAGAGCUAUUGACCUAAGUAACAAUACUUGGACCUCGUGAAAACAUCAUUCUAGUCUUUACAGCUAACAUCAUGAACAUCCAGAGUGACAAGUGGACUUGAACAUUUCAGGUAUCCGACAUACAAAUACAAUGUUCGAUUUAUCGUGCAAUUAGCCGUUAUGUUAAAUGUUGAUGCCCGUUGAACCUAUGUAAUUUUGGUAUUACUUGAAGGGGUAUUUCUUACUGAUUACUAAUAUGUAAAAUAAAUGACUGAACUUCCUUACAGAUAAAGUUAUUACAAUUUAUAUUUUUUAUUUUAUCUGGAGUGGGAAGAAAUUGACCUAUUUUGCAAUCUUUCAAGGUCAAAAGAGCGUGUUUGUAAUUAAAAUAUCGGUUUAAUUUUUACAUAUCCGUUAUCUCCAUAUAUAAUCAUUUCAAUUGAUAGCAAACCAAUAUUGGGUCACCGGGUUUCAAGAUGUCACACUAUUGUACAUUGGAUAUAUUGAGCGAGUUAUCAGUAAGUAAGAUGUGGUUAUAUUACCUGGUACCAGUGGACAUGAAGAACGGCAUGGCGUAUUCAUAUGUCCUUAUACAGCUAUUUAUCCUGGGUUUUAUGCCCUUGACGGGGCGGCGUAUAUUGAUCCCAUUGUCCUUUUUUGGUUAUUCCGUCUGUCCGUCCAUUAACACAUAGUAUCCGCUGUAUUUGUUUAUCUUUGAUUGGGAAUUCAUCAAAACUUCCAAGCAUUGUGGAGUGCAAGUUAUAGGUAUGUCGGGAAUACAAUAUGUUGCCUCUUCUCGAAGGUCAAGGUCAAAUUUGGAGGUAAAUGUUUGUAUGUAUUUCAUAGCGAUGGUUCAUGUCUCAGCCAUAGCGUCGUAAGUAAUGAUGGGAUCUAAAUCAGACCUCCACAUAAUUGUAGAUCCCCACAGAAGGUUGUGUCGCGCAUACAAUUUAUACUCUCAUCACAAAGGUUAAGAUCACACGUGGCGGUCAAUGUUACCCAAUCAUCUGUAGUUUUGUAAAACUCAAUAUUUAUUGUGUUAUAAAAGAGCACUGACUCAAAUAGCGUUUAUGUGUUCAGCUGAAAGUUCAAGGUCACGCUUAGAAAUCAAUGUUACUAAUUAGGAAUUCAUGUAUCAGCCAUAACUCAAAACUCUUCAUGAUAUGUCAGUCUAACUUAACAUACUUCAAAACAUCAUGGGCAAAUGUGUCAAAUAAACAUUCAGGCCUUUUGCUGAAAGGCAAUGUCAAGCCUUCAGCAAGAAAGUGCUGUUUAUAAUAGCAAUUGUUUGUUUAUAACUGUGUUGUGAUACAUUUUAUUAAGCAUACAUGCUAAAUUCAAAUAGCUUUCCGUCCGACAAUGCCCAUUAGGGGGCAUUUGUCACGUUCCUUUGACAGCUCUUGUUGAAAUAUAUUUGAAUGUUGUUGUUAUCUUGUUAUCAUUUUAUUAGGCUCUUGCUUAUAGAUAAUCAUAUAUCAAUGUGUUAUCCGGGGGUAAUCAUCACUUCUGUAAAAUCCUAGUACUCAUUUGAAAUUCAUGGCAUUUGGUAUGGUUGAUUCCCACCUUUGUUAAAGUUCUGACAUA